ACUUGGCAUAUCCUCCCAAUGGAUUCCACGCUUCCCUCCAUGAUCAGACCCCACACCAAACUCUAGAUUAAAAAAGAAUAGAGAGAGAGAGGGAGCGAAAGAGAGAGAGAGAGUUGCAAUGGCUUCAGCCACAGCUAGAGCCACCUUCUCCUUCCACCACCUCCACGCCACCAAGCCCACUAAAUCCCACCUCCCCCAUCCCUUCCCAACCUCCAAAACUCCCACCCUUUCCCUUUCCCACAGGCCACUAGUAAUUCUCCAUCGCUUCGCCAUCUCCUCCGUCGACGUCUCCAAAGAAGACAAGCCCCUCGCCCGACCCGAAGAAGACCCCUCCCCUGACCCACCCCCGGCCCCCGAGGAACAGCAGCCAAAGCUCGACCCCCGUCGCUUCGAGGAGCGGUUCGCGGUGCUCAACACCGGAAUUUACGAGUGCCGGUCGUGCGGUUUCCGCUACGACGAAGCGGUCGGGGACCCGUCCUACCCAAUUCCGCCCGGGCUGCAGUUCGCGAAGCUCCCCGACGACUGGCGGUGCCCGACGUGCGGCGCCGCCAAGUCCUUCUUCGAGAGCAAGAGUGUAGAGAUUGCUGGGUUUGCGCAGAACCAGCAGUUUGGUUUGGGGGGCAACACACUUACAGCAGGGCAGAAAGCAUUCCUCAUCUAUGGCAGCCUUUUGCUUGCUUUCGUGCUCUUCCUCUCUGGCUACUUCUUGCAAUAACAUGGGCUCAGGGAGCUUAUAGAUGACCCAAACUGUUUCCUUACCAUUCUCAGCAUCUUCGGUGUGAUUUUGCAAAGAGAAUGAUCAAAGAAGUUCAUUUGAUCAAAGCAGUGCGGUUGUCAGUUCUCUUUCUAUGAGCACUUUACUAGGGGAUUCUGCUAGCUGGGUUAGCUGGGAAGUGUAUCUUGUAUGGUACAUACCAUCCUUCAUGUUACUGCUCAUCCUGUUACCUCUUUGUAAUGCACAAUAUUGGUACUUUAUUAUCAAUAUAUUUCAUGGUUUGCUAUAAUUGUUUUC